UUCAGAAAUUGGCAGGGUCAUGGAGCAGAGAUGUGCAGAAGUGGAUUUUGUAAUUGAACUGUCGUAUUUGACACUUGAGGUCAGAGAGGAGUGUGUGACGUCCAGAGUCGUCCUCAUAUCCCAAACUAAAUUACACAAAGGACUUAAAAUAACCCCGGUUUGGUGUUUGCUCCAUUAGGAUGUGUCAGAGGUGUGUAGAUAAGUUCAUGACCUCACCUUUUUGUGUCUGACCCCUUUCUGUUCCCUAUUAUUAAUUUUUAAUUGACCUGAUGUGAUUGCGGAGAUAUAAAAGUAAGAAACGAGAAUUUGAGUCGUCACAAAGCUUCAGUUAUUCUCAGACUAAAUCCAGACACAGUGAUCAACGACAUCAUGAUCAACGCUCGUCUCCUGAUUCUCACACUCACCUGCUAUGUCUUUGUCUGGAUCGGAAACUGUGAUGAUUUAGUUGAGAUCCGUUCGAUUGAAGAUGACAUUAAGGCACAGGAGGAAAAAGAGCUAAUUGAAGCUCUUCAGGAGGUCCUUGAAAAACUGAGGAAUAAACAAAGUCCAUCCGCUGAGAAGAGGUUAGGCUGGGUUCCUGCGUGUGAUGCAGGUGAGCAGUGUGCCAUCCGUAAAGGUGCUCGUUUUGGGAAGGUGUGUACCUGUCCUGGUGGAACCAUGUGCAGCUUCUCCAUCCUUAAAUGUUUGUGAGAUGAUGUGUUUUUUUUUUCUUCACUACAUCUCUCAACUGUAAAUA